AAGCUAUUAAGCAAGGAUUUAGUUGAAAUAUGGAUGGCUUGGUGAGACUGAAUGGAAGACUGAGCAUGAAGAAUGUGCUGAUUUGCCCAAGACAACAUAUGGCCAGUAACCCAUGUGCCAGGCAGCCCCAGCCCACACUCAGCAAGCUGGCUGGACUUGGCCCCUGCCACUGAGGCGGGGAGGAGGGAGGAAUCGCCCCAGCCAGCGCCAUGGCCUCACCCCGGCACGCCGGCCCUCCAGACGGAGGCUGGGGGUGGAUGAUCGUUGCCGGCUGCUUCCUUGUCACUAUCUGUACCAGAGCUGUGACGAGGUGCAUUUCCAUUUUUUUUGUGGAGUUCCAGGCAUACUUUGGGCAGGAUUAUGCCAGAACGGCUUGGAUCCACUCCAUUGUCGACUGUGCUACAAUGCUCUGUGCCCCACUUGGGAGUUUAAUCAGUAAUCAUGUAUCCUGCCAAGUUGGUAUCAUGCUAGGAGGGCUACUUGCAUCUACUGGACUAAUUCUGAGUUCGUUCGCCACCAGCCUGGAACAUCUCUACUUAUCAUUAGGAGUCCUUACAGGACUUGGGUUUGCACUCUGCUAUUCUCCAGCCAUCGCAAUGGUGGGCAAGUAUUUCAACAAAAGAAAAGCGCUGGCAUAUGGAAUAGCCAUGUCAGGAAGUGGAAUUGGUACCUUCGUCCUGGCCCCUGUGGUCCAGCUCCUAAUCGAGCAGUUUUCCUGGCGUGGAGCUUUACUCAUCCUGGGGGGUUUUGUUUUAAAUCUCUGCGUCUGUGGUGCCCUGAUGCGGCCUAUUGCUCUUAAGGAGGACUGUAAAACUGCUCCUGAGUUUCUUGAACAGGAUUAUGUACCCAAAGAACAGAAACGAGACUUAAAGCGAAUGUCCAUCUGUUCACCUUUAAUUGAAGUGUGGUCUCAUGAAUGUUUUUGCUACUGUUCAUGGAAGGAAUAUGACUUUUUACUGAUGCCAGGCUUCAUGGUGCUGGCAGUGUCAGUUUUAUUUAUGGCAUAUGGCUGUAGCCCUCUUUUUGUCUACCUGGUGCCUUAUGCUUUGAGUGCUGGAGUGAGUCACCACCAAGCUGCCUUCCUCAUGUCCAUACUUGGUGUCAUAGACAUCAUUGGUAAUAUCACCUUUGGAUGGCUAACAGACAGAAGGUGUCUGAAGAAGCAUCGGCACUUUUGCUACCUCUUUGCUGUGGGAAUGGAUGGCCUCUGUUGUCUUUUCCUGCCAGUUCUCCAAAACUUUCCCUUGCUUGUGCCUUUCUCGUUUACCUUUGGCUACUUCGAUGGAGCCUAUGUAACACUGAUCCCUGUUGUGACAGCAGAUGUAGUUGGAACUUCUUCCUUAUCAUCAGCCCUGGGUGUCGUGUAUUUUCUGCAUGCCAUACCAUAUCUAGUGAGCCCGCCUGUUGCAGGUUGGCUUGUGGACACAACUGGCAGCUAUACUGCAUCGUUCCUUCUGUGUGGAUUUUCUAUGAUAUUUAGUUCAACAUUAUUGUGCUUUGCAAGACUAGCAAAGAAAACCAAAAGAACACAUUUGCAGCCACUCAGCAAUGAUACUGGCACCAAACAGCACAUCUGGACAAAUGGAGCAAGAGCUUAUUCUGUCACAGCAGAAUUAGACCAAAAGGAUGUUGAAUUUUUGGCUGUGGAUACAAACAGCUACAGCAACAGAUGACAGGCACCAUCAGUAUUGAGCACUGCACGGCCGUGACAUAGACAGACAUGGCUCAGUCGUGCUAUGCUAUUGAAGAUAUUACUCCUGUGAAACAAGGCAUCUCUCAGAUUUUUCUGUCAUGUUUUAGCAGACUAAAAUCUACAUAAAGCAACAGUAAUAUCAAGUUAAUGCAGUAAUAGAAGACAGCUAGACUGAAAAUAGAGUUUGUAGAUACAAAUGUUCACAGAUUUAUUUGAAAUGCAACAUUGACUCCACAGGUAAUCUCAAAGAUGAUAACUGGCUAUAAUCAAAAGAAAACUAUGAAAUAAUCAGUAACCAGAACUGAACAACAAAGUUUAAAUUAUUUCAAAAACAGAAUCAGUGAAAUAAGCUUUUUGGUGUUCUGUUAUGGUAGUCUGUUUCAAUGGACUAAUCACACACACCACCAAAAAACCUCCGCAUUUUUCAGUCUGCAUUAGACUCUUUGCAAAUAACUGUUUCAAAUGCCAAAGCCAUUAUUUUAAUUUUUGUUUUGUUGUGUUUUUUUGUUUAUUUGUUUUGUUUUGGGUUGGGUUUUUUGGUGUUUUUUUUUUUUUUUUUAAGAAAAUCUGGCAGGAAACUGUGGUUUAUACUGGAAGUAUCUCUGAAGCAGCUUUAAUUUUUACAGUGUGCCUGAAUUUUGUACAUAAGUUGCAAUUUAAUUUCAAACAGGGUUCUAGACCUACUUUCCCAAGCCACUACAGCAAAAUUUUGAGGUGGUUGCUGCUUUUUUUUUUUUUUUUUCCUGGACGUCUUUAAAGCUUGAAUUUCUAAACAUUGACAUUCCAGGUAUGAUAUACCAGCUGAUCCUUGUCUGGGAGGGUGGAAGAGGUGCUGUGGCUCCUCUGCCAUCUGAAGAGGAGUAAAUUUGUGCCAGGGGACUAGGCAUGCUGAUAGACAAACCUGCUUUAGCUGCAUUAGUUGGAAGGAGCCCAAAGACAGCCCAGGAGAUGAGGGGCUUGUGUUUUGACAAAGAGAGCCUCUUCCUCCUGUGAAUAUCAGCAGCUGUUGAAGAAAUUCAGAGUCUGUGCAAGCAGAUGACUGAGAAACUGCUCGCUUCACAGACUAUUAGUAAAGAGGAUAUUGGCAGGCAAAGCCGUUUCUGUGUAUUCCAGUGGCAAGUCUGUCUCUGCUUGGACCCAGAAGCUGUAUCUUCAGAUGGUGCAAAUUACUUGUUUGUGCCAAAUGAAGAGCUGAUCACUUGUCCUGGAUGACCAGAACACAACAGCUGUGAUUUGCUGACAGUUUCCUGCUACUUGUGUGAGGAAUAAACUACAGCUGUCUGCUUCAUGGGAGCUAGAGACUCCUUGUAGCUCAUGGGGUAAAUUACUGAUGUGAUGAUUUAAUAAAUAGUAGGAUGUUUCUACAUUUCCAGAGUAAAACUGUUGUCAGCAAUGGAGGAAGAACUUCAUAUUCUGCAAUACAAAUCAGUUUUGUGUUUUGAUGCUGUUCAUUAGCAAAUUGAUCAGACCCAAAUAAUUUUUAUUAAUGCUGAACUAGUAGUUUUGUUAAUCAUCUGCAGUGUAUUCAAUGGUUGCUCAUAGUGUCCUAUUGCAGUCUGUGCCUCAGAAAGGAAAGCAAAAUAGACUGACAUUCACAGAUUUGAUUUUGAUCAAGAGUACAGCCAUAGUGGUAUAAUGUAUUUUUUAUAUAUACAUGAAUAUUGUGUAUCAAGUCUUUCCUGUUAUUCAUGCAUAUUUUAGAUAUAACAUAUUAAAAUUGUUUUACUUCAGUUGUCUGUGCUCGAACAAAACAUUUCUUGCUGCCCUGCUUCAGAAAUGUGGUCAGAGCCAGUAGCACGACUUACAUGCACAGGCCACAGAUUGAAAAAUGAGAGUGCAAAGACUACUUAAAGCUAACGACAUAACCUUUUUUUCAGCUCUGUGUGGCAACUGAGCACUGGGCCCUAAUUUUGAUGUUAACAUAUGUUGAUAAAAAAAAACACAAAAAUUAUCCAUUAAUAUUUUUUAAUGUGUUAAGAAAAAUACGCACAUUUGGGAUGGAAAAAAAGAUAUCUUUAUUAAUUAGUAGUGAUUAAGAUAUUGGUUGAGGUGUUAAUGCAAAAGUUUAUAUCAAAAAGUAGUGAAUAUGUGGUCUACAAAGAAGGUAAGCUAUUUCAGCAAGUUAUAAGUUACCACUGUCAUUUACUUCACAAAAAUUUAAUUACUACUUUUACCACAUCACAACAUGUCAGCAGUUGUUCAUGCCAGAACUGCACAUUAUAAAAGCCUGUUGGAAUAAUACUAUAUGCAUUUUUAUCCUAGUAAACAGUACUGUAUAAUACAUUACUAGCAUUUUUUAUUUUUUUUUUAAUUUCAAGAUAUCUUCUCAUAGGGUUUUCUGUUUUGUGUUUAACUUAUAAUUAAGGCAAUAUUUAUUGCUUAAAAUAUCUAAUUCAGCAGAAAACAUUCAACUGCUUUUAUACACAGAUCUUUUGUAGGAAAUUAUAGAAUUAUUUCAGGGUUUUCUAACACUGUUACUGCUCCAAAUUAAGCCAAUGGACAAAAGCUUAUAUGCAAGAAUGAUGCUUUCUGUGCAUAUCAGCCCUGUCAUGAAUCUCCUCAGCUCUGAAACAGAAGGAAGCAUAACAAGAAAUGACCUGCAAGUGGAAGAACUGGGAGUACAAUCCAGGUCUGCAAAGCCUCAUGCCAAACUUCUGCCCCCUGGUCCACACAAUCCAAACCAAACAGCUUCUUCAUCCUGCCGUGUGAAAUGUUUCAGGCAGCGCAUUAUAGAGA